GGCAAUACUUUUUUGACUCUUUAACACGACCUUUCGGUGUUUUGGGUAAAUUUCCCAAUUAUACUGUAAAAACCGUGUUUUAAAUCAUGGCUGCAAGUUUUUUAACUCGCCGAAGCUUAAGUAUAGGCUUCGGACUUGCAAGAAAUACUGUUUUGCAAAGUCGAAGUUAUGCCAGCGAAAUGUCUUUUACAUUUGCAUCUCCUAGUGAAGUUUUUUACAACAAACGAAGCGUGAAGCAAGUAGAUGUCCCUUCAUACAGUGGCUCUUUUGGUAUUUUGGCAAAUCACGUUCCUACGCUUGCUGUUUUAAAGCCUGGUGUAGUUACAGUUUAUGAAGAUGAUGGUUCCUCCAAGAAGUACUUUGUGAGUAGUGGUUCUGUAACCAUCAAUGAAGAUUCUUCAGUUCAAGUUUUAGCCCAAGAAGCUGUCCCUGUUGAUAGACUAGAUGGUCAGGCUGCUAGGGAAGGUUUGUCAAAAGCACAGCAGCAAGUGAGUUCAGCCACAACAGAGGAAGCUAAAGCUGAAGCCCAGAUUGCUGUUGAAGUACAUGAAGAAUUAGUGAAAGCAACAUCAUAAAAAACAUAUUGUAGAAUAUUUCAUAUAAAUCUAGUGAUGUAACAAAUUAAAAUAGACUUUUUGUAUUAAAAAGCAAAUCCACUUAUCAGUGACGAGUGUAAAAGCAAUAUUCACAAAUGUCAGAUAAAAUCAUUUAAUCUCUUAAAAAUACAACAAAUUAAUACAUCUUUAGAAUUAAAAACAACAACAGAACAUCACAAAUAAAUUACAACUAGUAGUUACAAUGAAUACAGUUGACUAACAAUCCACUGAAAAAAAUAAAUUAUUUAAGAUUUACAUAAUUAACAAGUAUUACAGAUCUUUUCAAAAGCAGACAUUUCAUAAAUCUAUGGGAUUCACAUGAACAUAUAUACACUUGCAACUUACGUUUUACAUUUAAAUAUGAAAUUAAAUCACAUGCAAUUAAUACUCAAAGUUGCCAAGUGAAUACUAUAAAAUUUUGAUUCAAGCAAUUGUUAUGUAAAAAAAGUACAUUCUUUGCUCCAUUUCUUUUUAACUUCUAACAGACUAGAAUAUUCUGACUAAGUCAUUUAGGUUAUAAAGUUGAUGUAAAUAUUGCACUUAUAAAAAUAAAGUCAAAUAAAAUUAUAUUCAAAAUCAA